AUGGAGGCAGGUUCUCGUAAAGGUAGUGAUGAAAGAGGAAAACAGGCAAUGGAAAUUUCUAUUGAAACUAGUAACUUAACAGCCAAUACGAGAAAAGUUGUGAACAUAGCUCCUUCAAUCACAAAUGCAUCAGCUGUCACCAUUCACCAAAAUUGUGACAAAAGCUGGUCUGCCAAAGAUUUUGUUCUGGAACAUCCAGGCUUCCCAAGCGAAUAUCAGAAUGGUAUGCUGUGCAGGUAUACCGUCCGAAAACAUUCGCCAUCUGUUUGUGGACUUGAGAUAACGUUUAGGCUGUUUGAUGUUGAGGCAAGCACUGGCUGCGAAAAGGACUUCCUGGCGAUUGGAGAUGAGAGAAUAUGUGGGAAGAUUCCAGCGGACUCUGUUGUGCAGUAUCCUUUUGAAGACGGAUCAGAUGACAUUGCCAUGGUGUUCGGUACGAAUGAAAAUAUCACUAAAAGCGGAUUUCAAAUUUUAUUCCAACAAAUAUCCAUCUGCGAAGAAGACUUGAAUGCCAUCCCUGCAAUUCAUGCCUGUGAUGUCCUCAUUACCGAUCCUUCCGGUGAAGUGGUGACUCAUAGGUCCCCUGACGAUGCUUUGGGUGAUCCAGUGUGCCGCUACACUAUUGGCAGAAGACAUUCCGGAUAUUGCCAUGUAGAGUUGGACUUCGUCGACUUCAAUGUGGACUACAGUCCAGGGUGCAUCGGAAGCUACGUCCAGCUGGAUGGACAUCGGUUUUGUGGUACAUCCUUAAGAGGACAAAGAAAAAAUGUAACCUUCGACGCCUUGGGCAACGUCCAUAUCGUCUACAAGACAGAUACUGUUAGAAUGGAUCGUGGCUUUCAUCUCCUUUUCCGGCAAAUUACGUGCCCUCCAGGAAAUCCUGUUCGAUCUCCAGGUGGAUCAGAUCUGGUGGGUGAUCGAUUGCCCAGCAGCUGCAGCAAAGUUUAUUACGAAAAGGAAUUCUACAUUGAGAGCCCCGGAUUCCCUAAUUACUAUCCGAACGACCUGGACUGUCAAUUAGUGAUCAGGAGGUACAGACCAUCCAUCUGUAAAAUAGACAUUCGAUUCCUAGAUUUCGACGUUGAGGAAAGCCCCGGAUGUGUGUUCGAUUUUCUUCAACUCGACACUCAAAGACUAUGUGGUAGAAUUCCGGAGGAUAAUGUUAAAAGUUCAGAAUUUCUAUCGGCCGAAAAAAUUCUUCGAUUCAAGACUGAUGCUGUCAAUCCGAGACCUGGCUUCUUCCUCUACGUCAGGCAGCUGGACUGCGGAGCUGUCGUUCCACCAGCAGUUCCUGGUUCCCCUUCGUCAUGUGACGUCCACGUCUAUGACCUGGAGGCCAGAAUCACAAGUCCAAACUAUCCACGGGAUUACGGCAAUGACUUACGAUGCCGGUAUACGAUCCAUCGGCAAGCAAACCACAUAUGCCAGCUGAGGGUGACCUUUUUGGAUUUCAAACUGCAGGACGGAAGUCCUGGUUGUUACAACGACUACUUGGAAAUGGACGGUGGCUGGAGAGCCUGCGGUGACAAGUUUCAAGGCAUCACAAGAACGUUGGACUUUCGAGCCCCUGAAAAGGUCAUUUUCUUCAGUAGUGACGGCUGGUAUACUUUCUCUGGCUUUCUUCUGUCGCUCAAACAGAUACCUUGCAGCGAAAGUUCUACAUCAGGAAGGGUCAACGAAGGUCCCACUUGUGACAGGGAAUUCGAAGCUUCUUCGUUCAAUUUGCAAAGCGAACUGUUCCCACUCAAUUACUCGCCAAAUCUUAACUGCAGAUACUUGAUUCGAAAAGUGACAGAAAGAGUGUGCCAACUAAGGAUUCAGUUUCUGCAGUUUGAUUUAGAAGCGAGUUACGCAUGCAGUAGAGACUUUUUAGCUUUAGACGGAGAAAAACUUUGUGGUGCCCUUCCAUCAAACACAACACGUAUUUUAAGAUUUGAUGCCGCAGAGAAAUACGUCGUCUUCCAUAGUGACACCGAAGUGCAAGGAGCAGGCUUUUCUGCUAUUGUACAGCAAAUAGAAUGCCCUGGUGGUUACCCACCAGUAGUACCACCGACGACUCCUGGUUCAGGCGGCUCAACCUUUCCAUCUACAGCAGGCCCAUGCAACAGACAUUUCUCUGAAAUCAGAUCAACACUGAGCAGUCCAAACUACCCGCAGUUUUAUCCGACUAACGUGGUUUGUCGAUACGCCUUCCACAUCCAGCCUGGAUUUUGCAAUGUAGAAUUUACUUUCGUGGAAUUUUUACUGGAACCACCGUCACCAGGACUUCCUUGCACAAGAGACUACCUCGACAUUGGGGGCGUUAGAUAUUGUGGCCAACAGUUGAGAGGUGUUACCAAACUAGAGCCGUCUUAUGGGCCAGCUACAGAAGUGAUCUUGAACUUCAUCAGCGACAGUGUAGUUACUAAUAAAGGUUUUCUUAUCACCUACCGACAAGUACCUUGUAGUGGAACCUCAACAGCACCUGCUCCUCUACCACCACGUAGAGGACCAGUGCCACCACCUAGAGGUCAUAUACCACCGCCAAGGGGACCUGUGCCACCUCCUAUAGGCAAUGUGCCUCCUCCUGUAGGCCAUGUGCCGCCCUCUAGAGGAAGUACAGUAUCAGAAAGUACUCCAUCUAUUCCUGGAUGCGGUGGCCACUUGACGGGGUCUUAUUUUGAGAUCAAGUGGCCGGACGUCAGAGCAGGAAGUGACUAUGGUCAGACGGUGCAAUGCGUAUACAACGUGCACCGUCUUGGUUCUGACACAUGCAGUCUUCGGGUGACCUUCGUGACCUUUGACAUGGGAGACGGACGUGACUGUCCCAGACAGUUCGUACAGAUUGGGGAACAUACCUUAUGUGGACGGUUGCCAUCUUAUACCAUAAGGGACUACGAUUUUCUCGACUACACCAUGAUAAUCCGUCCCGUUUCGUCUCAGUUGCCAAGGCCAAGAAUGUUACUCCAAAUUCAACAAAUGCCAUGUGGACCCAACAGUCCAACUUCCAGAGUCCCUCCUCCAACAUGUGAUGAGUUGCUCCAAGGUCCCGGUUUUGAACUUCGCAGUCCAUACUAUCCUCAUGGGCUUACAUCAAGUGUUGACUGUCGAUACAUAGUGCGAAGGUCUACCCCAUUAAUAUGUCACCUGGAGUUGACGUUUGAAAGAUUUCAACUUCCAGAUAGCAGACUUUGCUAUGCAAGCCAUUUGCGGAUCGACGCUGAUAGACUUUGUGGAACCAUUAAUCCUUAUUCUGUUCGUUUGUACGACUUUCAGUCUUCCGAGAAGCUGAUUCACUUCAGCGCCGACCAUAUACCCCCUGGUGGUGGCUUUCUCAUAAGGGGUCGACAGGUACCUUGUGGAGGCUCUCCACCCUCUGCUUUAGCGCCUGUGACUCCAACAGGAGGUAGAACAGAAGAAUAGGAACCUCCACCUUCUUCGAGGCGAUGUGAUCAAAGUUUUGGUCUUGAGGAAUUUACCAUUGCGAGUCCAGAACAUCCUCGAUUUUAUCCAUCUGGAACGUACUGUCGAUAUGUGGUCAUCAGGUCCAGCUCCGACAUCUGCGGUCUGGAGGUGACCUUUGUAAAUUUUGAUCUGGAGGAUUAUUACCAGUGCCAGAAGGACUACCUGGAGAUUGAUGGAGAAAAGCUUUGCGGAAUUUUGCCACCUCAGUCCGUUCGGAAUUAUGUGUUUCAUCCUGCUGAUCGAACCAAACUCAUCGUAUUCCGCUCCGACCAUGACAACCCAAGACCUGGAUUCAUCCUUAAAAUCAGACAAGCUAGAAUAUGUCCAGCGUCUGUUCCAUCUUUGUUGCCAAUAUCACCGGCGACUAUUGGAACAAGCAGUUCUUCUGGAACCUGCGACACAGCCUAUUUUUCGACACCUCGCGGGGUGUUUCGAACACCUCAGUUCCCCAAUGGAUACCCAGCUACUCAUUGCCUCUACACUUUUGUCCAGCUUAGAGGAUUUUGUAGCUUGAAGCUGUUCUUCCGAGACUUUGAUCUACUACCCGCAGCAACGUGUCUGGUAGAUUAUUUAGAAUUUGAAGGAAGGAGAUACUGCAAUGGACAACUAUUUCAAAUAACGCGUGAACUGACUUUUCCAUGGAGUGAUUCUUCCACACUAAGCCUAAUGUUCCACUCCGACCAUGGAAGUUACGUGCACCGUGGCGUCCAAGUCGAUUUCGAACAAUUGCCUUGCAGACGACAAGGACGACAGCAUAGAGAAGAGCUGGAACCUUCUAGAAAUUCGCAGAAUUCUACAAUCAGAACAGCAGCUUCCGAUUCGUCUGUUUGGUCUUCGCCCAGACCAGAUGGAGAUGAGGACUGGGAUGACUCCAAAUCUACACCACAAAAUUCCACAGUCGAAUACGCAUCGUGACACUCUUCAUCACUCUUAUAUUGAGCAUUUGUUGUGUUUACAAAAAGAGAAUUGUGUUUGGAAUUGAAGAUUUUAUAUUCUAGACGCAAUGCGAUUCGUUAUCAUUUUUGUGUUAUUACAGUGCUAUAUUGUAGUUCAACACUUGAGUGUUAAUUACGUAACUUUGUUAAGUUGCGUCGUGGGACACAUCUGCA